AUGGAUAUUAUGAAAGAUUUAGGGGAAUGUUAUUUAUGUAGAUAGAUCAUUAAAGAAAUAUUAAGAUUAGAUAUUAAUGAAAAAUAAAAUAAUAAUUUUAAAGUUAUAGAAUUAACUACUUUAGUUGAUGAAACUAUUAUUGAAAUUGAAGAAAAUUAAAAAAAAUUAGAAUAUAUAUAAGAAGAUGAAGAAGAAAAUAAUUAAAAUAUCGAAUGA